UACUCGUACGAAGCCUACACUACUGCACCGCAUGCCGCAUGGACAUCAAAAGGGAAAUGGAAAAAAUAAGAUGAGUAUUUUUCUUCGAUUUCUAGUGAUGUGCACGUUGGUGCUGGUGGGUUACCCGUUGUUGCAAACAGUCAGUUGCAACUUGGCUGUGUAGGGAACUUUGACCGUUGUUCAAAAGAUGUCGUCAGUCAAAAAAAAAAGCAAACAACGGGGAAGUUUAGAGAAAAGUGGAGCCUCUAAAGAUGAGGAUUCUUCAUCUCCCCUUCCUCGUAUAGCUGAGUCGGAACCGCUGCAACUGCCAACGGCCGAAAUGGCUUCUACAAGGAUUGGCGACAAAAGCGAGGCGAUAGUCGCCGAUAGCGACGAGUUUGCUAAGGAAUAUUUCAAUAUCGAGCGAUCUCCUAUUUGGAGUGGUUCCAACAAAGGAUGGCAGCUGACUUGGGGUAUUUGGCACAGGCUUCCGAGAGAUGAACGAAAGAAGAUUGCUCUGGAACAUGGUAUGAAAUCGAUCGGUGAAUUCGAAGAGUACGUGUCUUUGCAGCAGGCAGUUGAUGAUUCAGAAUAUUCCAUGGUGGAACUGGUGGAAAAUUCGUCACACACGACAACAACGAUUUCAAAUGUUGCAUCACAUGACAAUACUGUACAUCAGACGAAAGGAUUUGAAGAAAAUAGAGAGGAAGAAAGCGACGAGGACGACGGCGAUGAUGAUCUCUUGCACAACGAGGCUACUGAAUUGGCAACCGAAUUGACUUCGGAGGAACUGGUAGCGGUGGGAGGAAAUAUUCUUAUUCUUCCAUCCGAAAUUUUGCACCAAAUAGUUGCAUGGCUUCCGGCAGAUGCAUAUGGGACGCUUGGACUGGUCAGUCCUCAUUGGAAAUUUUUCACCAGAACAGAAGUAGUCUAUAAGCGCAUAUGCGAGAGGCUGUACCUCAAUCAGAGUAAACGGCGGCAAUUGCAUGUCUCUCGUUUCGGUGGAUCAUAUCGACGGAUGCUUGAAAUACGUCCGAGAGUUCGGGCCGCCGGGGGUUGUUACGUUUUGAAGUAUUCAAAGUACAAAAAAAUCGAGCGAGAUAUGUGGUGUGAGAUUCCAAUUGGGGCUGUCCUUGAGACCGUUUAUUAUCGAUACGUGUACUUCCACGAGGAUGGCCGAUGCUUAUACGCGCUCUCCAACUCGCCACCCAAGGUAAUGUUUCCACGAAUACUCAACGUCCUGUUGCACAAGGAAGAAACAGACCCUGCAAUUGUGACUGGAACCUUCCAAGUGCAAAAGUAUAAUUGCACGAUCAUCGCAAAACAACCAUGGCACACCGUCAAAUUUGAGAUAACAAUUGUCCCGGAAUCGGUUCACGGGCGAUUUGCAGCACUAACAAUUGACCGCCACGUUACCAGCGUCUCUGGAGAAAUUGACGAUUGGAGUUAUGAUCUUGUCGAACACGAAGUUCCAGACAAGCGAUUUCGAUUUAUGAAGGAUGGCAGAUUAUGAAUAAUUUUCUUUAAGAACCAGUUUUCCAAUUCUUUUCCAUGGAUCGUACACACUAACUUCAUUCAAAACCUUAUCAUGUCUUUGGUUGAAAAAUCAAAAAAGUAAACUAAACUACACCAA